UUUUCGUGACGCGACGCCACCGACGCUUGACGUCAUGAAACAUGGCGCUCGUGCGGAAAGGUGAUGCUGGACCACUGUGUUUACGGCGGUUUUGAUUUUCAUACGAACCCAGGAGUUUUACAAUGCUGGGAAACGACACAUCUACUCGUUUAAUCGUCCAGGAGAGGUAGUAAACAAACGAGCGAGGGCGAACGAUGAAAAUUAACCGUAACUAAGACGCCGGUAGCGGUUAGCCUUAGCUUAGCUACAUGAACGUCACAGAACUGUCCUGUGUUAGCUAAAGCUAAUAACACAACACAUGAAUCGAAUCAUACAAAAUGAGUCUUUGACACGGAUUUUAUAAUAAUAUAGAUGUAUAAAGAUAUAGAUGUGCGAUUUCAGGCGUCAUUUGCGUUGUUUAUUGAGGUACAGUAGCUCUGGUUGUGGAUUAGCCGCAGUGCUGAGGAUGGAGGCUCUCCGUGGAGGUGUGUUUCUGUGUUUACUGGGAUUUGUCACACUAACACAAGCUGCUCCAGUCUCUUAUGAACACUCAGGAGCGUCUGCAGGAGAUGUGAAUCUCUCUCUGAGUGUUUCGCUGCUGUUGUCUUUAGCUGCGCUGCUGGCCCUUGUCUUAGUGCUGCUCAACUGUGUUUCCUGCUGCAAAGAGCAAGAGAUCAACUUUAAGGAGUUUGACGACCACUUUGAAGAUGAGGUUGAUUUCACACCCCCGGCGGAGGACACGCCCUCUAUGCAGUCUCCUGCUGAGGUUUAUACAUUGGCUGUUCCACCUGUGGCCCUACCUGGACCCCCUCACCUCGAAUUGCCCCGUAUAGCAGACGUUUCAUCAAGUCUUCGCUUGGCGCGACACUCUCUCAGUUACAUUCAGGAGAUUGGGAGCGGCUGGUUUGGAAAGGUCCUGCUCAGUGAGAUCUAUGCUGAACCGGCAGUUUCCCGAGUGGUGGUCAAAGAGCUAAAGCCCAACGCCAGCUCCAAAGAACAGAAUGAGUUUCUUCAGCAGGGAGACCCGUACAGGGUUCUUCAGCAUCCUAAUAUCCUGCAGUGUCUUGGUCAGUGCGUGGAGGCCAUCCCAUUCCUCCUUGUGUUUGAGUACUGUGAUUUGGGGGAUCUGAAGAAUUACGUGUCUCGUCAUGAUUGGCUGUACAGCAACGGUGAACUCCUGCAGCUGCAGAAAAUGGCCUGCGAGAUCGCCGCUGGGGUCACUCACAUGCACAAACACAACUUCCUGCACAGUGAUUUGGCUUUGCGAAACUGCUAUCUCACGACUGACCUGACUGUCAAAGUAGGAGACUAUGGGAUCGGAUCUACUAGUUUCAAGGAGGAUUACAUAACCACAGAAGAUGACCAAUGUGUGGCUCUCCGCUGGCUUGCUCCCGAGCUGAUUGGUGAGCUACAUGGAGGCUUGAUUACUUCAGAACAGACUAAACCCAGCAAUGUUUGGGCAUUGGGAGUGACACUGUGGGAGCUGUUUGAAGGUGCAAAGCAGCCGUAUCCUCACUUGUCAGAUAGAGAAGUGCUCCAUCAUGUGCUCAAAGAUCGACAAGUCAAACCUCUCAAGCCACAGCUGGACUUACCCUACUCAGAAAGAUGGUAUGAGGUUCUGCAGUUUUGCUGGCUGCCUCCAGACAAGAGAGCCACUGCUGAAGAGGUCCACCGCCUGCUUACUUAUCUCCGUAUGCAGGGCCAGAAAGACGUAGAAGAUGACUUUGAGCAGCGCUGGAGCUCUCUCAAACCCAAUCCCUCCACCCGUCAAGCCACCAUCAGUCACUCCUCUUUCCCCAUCCUAGAGCAGUUUGACGAUGGCAGAGAACCAGACGAGGUGCUCACGGUCACCGAAACAAGUCAUGGCCUAAGUUUCGAGUACGUGUGGGAGGCAGCCAAGCAUGACCAUUAUGACAGUCACAGUCGGUCUGCCAUGGACACUACUCUGAAUUAUCACAGUAUGUUCUUUGCAGUGCCACGGCAAGAUAUUCAGGCUCACUUCCCUGAAACGGAAGCUCAAGCCGACGUUAGCAGAGUCCCAGGGACCUUGCCGGUGUUUGACGCACAUAAAGCAUCCUCUGAAAAUGAGUAUUUCAUUAAGUUGGAGGAGCUGGAUGAGCGAAAAGUUGGGAUGGGGGAGAGUCAAGGUGCCGAUGGUUCCAACGAAUCAGAACAGCAAGAGUACGUGGUCUUACAGGAUGUCAGGCUCGAUGAGUCCAGCACAGAUGCAGAUUUCUUCCAUCAGAGCAUUGAUUCAAAAGACUCUUAUCUUCAAGAUAGCCACACUUGGUCCUCAAGUGAACAUGAAAGCCCUUACCAUGCAAACAUUUUUGGUGAGGCUGAUUCAAAACUGGACAAUUCUCAUCCAUUUGGGGGAGUUUUUAUGGAUCUCCCAGAGAUGAACGUGCCGAAGAGGGAUCCUGAUGGAGAAACAAAUAGUAGAGAGGCGAGUGAUGCGUUUCAGAAGAAUCUUUUAGGGUUUGGACCAGAAGCUAGUCAUCUGGAGGUCUCUGAUCAAGAGAGUGCAGAUGUGAUGAAGCUUCUUAACACUGAGAGUCUUGCCGAAAACUUUUUGUUCCUCACAGAUCACAACCUAAUGAAGGACAAAUCUCUGCCUGGCCCCAUCAUUGAGACUGAUGUCUCAGAUAGUGUAAACCUUACAGGUGAGUCGUUAAAAUCUGCUGAGAACUGUGAUCAGCUUAAGGAUGAAUUCUUGGACUUGGUCAACCCAAUCCUAGAAGAUUUUCUCUCGCCUUUGAAAGGAAAUGAAUCAAUGGUGCCUUUUGAUUUAUUAAUACCAGGAGAACCCCGUAGCAACCAGCUGCCAGAUACAAAUGGCUCUUUGCUUUCUCCGAAAGCUGGGGCUUAUUCUUCGUCCGAGUCUACCUCUGAAAGUGUCGAGGUCGUUGUUGACAGUCCAUCCGAUAGUCAUCGGUCUCUUGAAAGUGCCACUAUCGAUACUUUGUUCAUAGAUGCCAAAUUCCCCAGCCUUGAAGAAUGUUUUGGAGCCUCUAAGGAGAAUGGCCAGUAUGUUGGAGUCAGUGAGUCAACUGAGAUUAGCUUUAUUACUUCCCAUGUCGGUGGUGAAGGUUCCCUAACUGAAGGUCUAAGUACUGACCCAAAGCGGGAUAUAAUGGAGCUGGACAAGAUAUCCAAGGAUACUCUACCAUCAGAAGCCAUCGAUCAAGAUGAAACUGUAUUGGACAACCAUGCAACUCAGGACACGCCCUCACUGUUGGUGUCAGAAUCGUCUCUUGACCGAUUAAGUCAGGACAGCCUACUAGAAGAUAGCACCUUAUCCACUCUUCCAACCAUUGAGAACUCUGCCGAAACACCUGAUUCAUUAGAUUCUUUGGACAUGCACGGGGACGUGGUGCAUGGACAGUCAUCGGAAACUCACGUGAAUAAGCUUCAACCCCCGUACAAAGCCGCUGACAGUGGGUAUGAAACCGAAAACCUGGAAUCACCAGAGUGGAACUCUCAAACUGACAUGAGGGAGUCCUCUGAAGAAAGUGGAAUAGGUCUCGCUGUGGAGCCUACAGCACUUGUACCUCCAGAAAUCGUUGUGUCUGAGGUAGAUAGCGUACCUGAUGUUCAGGUAAAUGGUGAUGGAGUUGAUCACCAGCAAGAGCCUGGUGAAGUUCCUUUGAGUGGAAACUACAGAGACUCUGCUUACUUUUCAGACAAUGAAGAGCUUGAUAAGAAGAGUGAUGACAUCAAUGGAAGCAGUCUGGUAGAUGCAUCAUUUUGGCUUCAGAGCAACCGAGAAGCUGAUGGAGGGGAAGCAAUGCAAGCUGUUAUUGAGGAGCCUUUGGUGUCCGAGACUGUUACUUCACCUGAAUCUGGUCCAACUCCGGCAUCAGCUAAUGGUGAUGCACAGGUCAGAUGGACUCCUCUUCCUGAGUUGGUUCUCACCACUGAGGAGGACUGGAGCCAGAAUAAACCGGCGUCUGUGGACGCCUCUGAGUUUCCUGAUCUUUCGUCAGACCAAACUCCUGGCCCACAACAUGAAACGACAUCCUCUACCUCAACACAGCCGCCCCCUACAGAUGUCAUGGUUCAUGCUAAACUAACAAGAACGUAUGCUGGGGAUGUGAAGAUGAAGGAGUCGGAUAUGGAGGGGAGGUAUCUAGGAAAGCUUGACGGCUCUUCACUGGAGUUCAGGCCAGAGGAUGGAAUGGAUGCUGAUGAAGAAGAUGAAAACAGUGAUGAAUCAGAUGAGGACAUGCGUGCUUACCGAUUGCAUAGUUCCAGCUCGGAAUGUAGUGAGGAUGAUGUUGUGCACCCAAUACCUGUUAUUAUUUCAGACAACAGUAGUUCUCUCAACCUCAAAAGCCUGCUGAAAUCCAAAUCCCCCCAAAGUGCUAAACGAACAAUGGAAGAGGCAAGUGACAGACGUGGAGUGUCCUUCUUUGAUGAUGUUACUGUCUACCUUUUUGACCAGGAAACUCCAACGAAGGAACUUGGCGACCAUACCGUUGACCCCAGUAGACAAGUCUUUGAAUUCAGCAGUCCAGUGGCCUCUUCCAGCUACCUUAAUAGAUUUGCUAACUCUGAGAGCUCCACAGAUGAAGAAGGUGGUGCAUUUGAGUGGGAUGAUGACUUCCCAUCUCCAGAGCCCAAUUUCCUUUCCAAGGCAACAGGCGACCAUUCUUCCAAUAGGACUACCAGCUCUUCUGCGGCUUCCAAGUAUUUCUCCCCACCUCCUGCCAAUCGCACUCUUGAACAGAGUUGGAACAGCCCUUCAAACUACUCCCGCUUCUCCAUCUCCCCAGCCAGCAUGGCUAGCUUCUCUCUUACCCACCUCACAGACUCUGACAUUGAGCAAGGGGGAAGCGGUGAAGAUGGAGAAAAAGAUUAAUGUUUUAGAUGCAUAUUUAUAUGUUGAAGAUAUUUGACAGACACAUGCUUCGAAGGCUUUGUUUGGUAAUUGGUAUUUAUUUGGAGAAAUGAAGAGCUUGUGGCAUCAAUGCCUCUGAACGCCCUGUGACCACUUCCUGUAUUCUGCAGAUGAGAUCCAAAUUUCCACUAAAAGUUUUUCAUCUGUGCACUUUGGAGGAACUUUGCUUCAGACAAUUUCACACGCUUCCUAAGUGUCCUGCCUCACUUUUGUCGUCUGUAUGUGUACUUUCUUGCUCAUGCAUUUCUCCUCGCUGUUAAGCUAUGGUUCAACCAGUGGACCCUCUCUUAAACACUAAUGAGCUCACAGGCUCGUGCAAUUCAAAUUGUGCGAAACUCGCCUUUUACACUGGAUUUUAAUUUUUUUAACGUGAAAUCUGGUGUGAUGGUUUCGAACGGUUAUAGAAGCAAGAGUCAUAUCAGUAUGCCUCUCCUGCACAGAUAUUUUUGUACAGUGUUUAAUAGUGCAUCACAUUCACCCGAACAACUCGCAUAGGUUCAGUGUUUUUUGUUAUUGAAAGAAGUCCGAAUAUGGGCAGCUGAGGAAUCAGGACAUGAAACACUAAUAUAAGUCUUAAAAUUAUGAGCAGUUCAAGUUUAUUCAGUAGGAGUCUGUAAAUCUUAACGGCGGCACUUCAGGGUGUUUAUGAAGUAAACUGUGUUCUCACUAGCAAAGCUUCUGAACUCGGGUAGAUUAAUCUCCCAAAACCUGUUAAUAAAUGUUUGAGUCAUAUUUCAGCCAAGAUAAAGAAAUGAUGCUUUGCAUGAUACUGUCUUUUAGGACCAUCAAGAUUUUUUGCUGUCAUUUCUCAUUAUCACAAAUGAAUUAAUACUUGCAUAAAUUAUAAUGGCUGACUUUUAAAUAAAAUAUGACCCAAACAUUUGAUUAUUUAUAUAUUUUUAUUAUUAAAGCUGUCAAGAUUAAUUGCGAUUAAUCGCAUACAAAAUAAAAGUUUGUUUUUGCAUAAUAUAUUUGUGUGUGUAUUGUGUUUAAUUAUUAUGAUGUACAUUACAUGUAAAUGUUUCUUAAAUACAUAUAUGCGUGUGUAUUUAUAUAUACACACAAAUAUAUUAUGCAAAAACUAACUUUUAUUUUGUAUGCAAUUAAUCACGAUUAAUCUUUUGACAGCCCUAAUAAUUAUUAUUCAGAAAUCAUAUUUUCAGCUAAACCUUCAUCAUAACAAUAAAUCUCUUUGUUGAUUAAUAUGAAAACACAGAUGAUUGUACAGAGAGACUGAAAUGUGAACGCUAGCAGAAAUUUCCAGAAUCCAAAGGAGCAGGAAAACUCCAGUAUGAUCACUUCAAAGAUAUGAAUUGUAAUUUUCAUUUUUUUUUAUUUUAUUUUACGGAGACCCUAAGGGAACAUGGAGCAAAGAUUAAACAAAGUUUAGUUUCACGUGCGCACGUGAAACUAUCGCGUGGUCACGUGAAACUUUUGUGUGCGUACGUAAAACUUUUGCAAAAAUUCUGCACAUUGUGGUUUCAUGUGAGCACAUGAACCUAAACUUUAGAUUUUUUUUACUUCAAUGUCAUCUUGGGGGCUCUGUAUUAUUUAGUGUACCUCAAAGGUAAUUUCAUUUGUGAAUCAUUCAUAUUUGCCAAUCCAUCUACUCAGAUUUUUUUUUGACAAUAGCAGAAAUUAGAAAAACGAAUGUACAUAGAAAUCAAAUCAAGAUAAUCUGCAAGAUAAACUUUUGAUACCACUGAAUAUUUUCUUGAUUCAAUGAUGAAGAACAUUGAUUUUGUCGUAUUGUGUAAAAUGCAGAUUUAUUUAUUUCUAGGGUUUAUCGCUGAAAUAAUCGGGUACACCUACUGUACAUCCCCUUGUAAUUCAGUACAUUACGCUGUAUGUUUUAGACGAGUUGACUGUCUGUAUUACCAGCACGCGAUUUCAGUUCACUUUGUAAAUUCUUUGGUUUUAUUUGACAGUAUACUUUGCUUAAUCUUGCACAUCUUUAAAGUGUAAUUUAAUGUUGAAUUGUGUAUAUAAAUGUUUAAUUUCGUCUGUAAAUUGGGAAUGAUGUAAAGCGUAGGUGAGCGAGGAUUCAAUUUGUAAAGCAUAAAAAUGAGACAUAUCAUGGGUGUGAAAUUAUUCAAAUAUACAAAACGAUUAAAAAUGAAUGAAAUGGGGAAAUGCAGGUCAUCCUUAUAAUUUGUACAUUUUAAAAAUGGUGAUAUUUUUACUUCAUAUUGAUGAUGAUCAUGCUCGGUGUCAUUGAAGGAAUGGUUUAUAAUUAAUUACCCUGUUUAUUAAAUGAAAAUGAACUUC